AUGGGGUUCAAGCCAUUAUCAAGUGCCCCCCUGAGUACCUCUGCUGUGCACCAUCAGGAAACUAAGGAGACUUCUUCAAAUACCAACAGUAAGCUGUGUAAUAUUAAGGAAGUUACAAAAACACUUUCAGUCAUUCCCCUUCUCGCUAUUGAUUUGAACUAUAAUGCUUUGUAGUUAAUUUAUAUUUUUGCUUUAACUACCUUUCAUUCAUUUUAGAGUCUUGAAUUAUUUGUAUCUCUUUCUUAUGUCCCCUUCCCUUUUCUCUGUCAAAUCCCUUCGUCUCCAAACAGAAUGUGGACUCUCCCAUAAAACUCUUUCAUGCAAAUAAAACACACAUUCCAUCUAUAGAGUGCAGAUUAGUGAACGUCACUUAUAUUAAUGUGAUCAACUAAGGUUCAACAUUUGUAAUCUCAUAAAUCUCUGUGUCAUAUUUUUAUGAACAAAUUGUCUUGACAAAAUAUAAAUGUUUUGGGUUGGGUUUUUUUUUUUUCAGAAAUUGUAUCAGAAUUAAUUGACUGUCUAAAAAUAUACUUUAAAACAAGUGCAUUAUGUUCGUAGUACAAACUAGGAACCUAAAAACUAAGCUCCCCAAUAUGUAUCCCGUUACAACACAUUCGAUUAAACCUAGCUAUCAUUGUAAAAUACACUUUUUAGGUGAAAUAAUUCCCCCGCUAUAUUUUUAAGCAGCUAGGAUUGUCAGAUGCACUAUGUCCUAGACACUCAGCAUAUUUGCGUAUCAAUGGCAGCACAUGAAAAGGACUGCCCUGUAAUAUAUAGAAUUGAUAUGCUGCAGAAAAAUAAUCUGUUCACUAAUAAAAAUGGGAAUCUGAUAGAAACUAACUUUUAUGUAAUUGGUUAAUGUAUGAUGGCUGCAACAGGUCUUACAAUACACUCUCUCACCACUAUGCCAACAGGGUAAAUUUCUGAGGCGUGGGAUUGUUAUAGGAGUACGUGUAUGUUUGUUUUUUGUUUUUUUGAAGACCGUGUGUUUUUGUGUCUGGUAUUUUUUUUUUUUUUGUCAAACACAAAUUUUCGAUUUUGUUUCCAUUAACCAAUGUGCUACCUAAGCAUACUGAAACGUAAAAAUAAAUUUAAAACAUUAUUUCAGGACACCCAAAAUACUCAGAAAAAGGAAAACACAGCUGCAGAAUAAAACUGCUUGGUGGGGAAGGGGUUAAUCAUAUGGAUAAAUGUCCCAUUAUGGUUCAGAAUGUUUGUUUAUUUUUAGUUUUAAAUUGCCCUUUUGGACAGUGAACCAGAUUAUCAAUAACUUCUCUGCUAAAGAUUAUUUCAAAGAAUGUUCUAGUCCACAAUAAGCGACCUUUAUCUUUGUGUGCUUCUGUUGGUUUAAAUACUCCUGCCAUGGAUUGCGCUGAUUAUAUGAAAGUUAGAAAGUGAGAUAUGGACUUCAAGGUUUUUUAAUGUAGAUAUUUAUCUUGUAUUUAUGUUUAGAAGGCCAAAGUCAUGAACUUUGACUUGAUUCAAUGUAAAUGCUGCACAGAUUACACAGACUCUGUUAUCUGGGAUUAGAUUAGCAUCUUUUGAAUCCUGAGUAAUAGUUUUUAUUGCAUGUGAUUUGAAUGCGAAGGUUAGGUUUAGUAACUAAACAGCAAAUUGAAAAUUUCACUUACAACAAUUGGGUUCAAAUAAGCUGUAACUAUAGCGGAGUUGGAGAAUUUUUCAAGACUACAUUUUUUUUUUUUUAGAUCUUUGGAAAGCGUGGGGAAUGUACAGGGAAGUUUAAAAUUUAAGCUUAAUAAAUCUUGAAUGAAUGACGCCAAAUAGAAAACAGUAAGUUGUUGUAAAUUCAUAAAUGUAGACUGGAAUUGAGCAUUUUUCAGCAGUUAAUGGUUAAUUUUGCUGUUUGCCUAGAAUUUUAGCUCCUCACAUUUUCAUAUUUAGUGACCAUCCCUAGCAGUUUGUGGUUUCUACUUUAACAAACUUUAGUCAGGUGAUGCAAAAAGUUUAACGUCAAUGUUACUUAAUGUUUUUAACUAACGUUUUUAGUCAUUUAUUUACUAAGCUUGUUUCUAGAGAGGACAGAGCUUGUAUUUUGAAUGUGUAUAUUUAUUCUUACAACAAGUAAAUGACUGACAAAUAGGACAUUAUGCUUUUAAUUCCUGGGUUAGAAUAUAUCAAAUGUAGAAUUUAGGAGGGAACAAAAGAAUGUAGCAAAAAAGCUUGUUACCCUUUUGUGGAGGUGAGGGUACUUGUAUCUUGAGUUUGGUAUUCACCCAAUGAGAUUGACUAGUUACCAACUAUUGACUCCUUCACUUCCAAAUGGUGUCAUGAAUCAACUCCACUGAACAUUUUUAUUUUUGAGAGAGGCAGGCUGAUUAUGUAUAAAAGGUGCGCACACACGUACAAGCCAGAAAGGAAUAUGUUCAAGGCCAGAGAAAAACAGACACAAGCAAGUAUAGAAACAGGCAUGUACACACAGCCAGAGUGGGAUAUACAGAAAGAAAUAGCGAGGGAUACAAUGUCAUACAGACAAUGUUAUGACAGAAACAGACACCAGCAGAUCAAAUAAAUUACUGUCCAUUACAGUUGAGCAGUAGCCAAGUGUUUGUGGCAGCACUCCCUUAAAGCAGGGGUGGCACAAAGAUAGACCUCCAGAUCUAGUAUACAACUCCUAUGAAGCUUUGCUGACUUAAAGGGUUUGGGGGAUUCUACCAUAUGGCCACCACUGCCCUAAAGUUUAAAGCGUCUCUGUCAUUGGCAUCUGUGUGGAUUUUUUUUGUUUUGAUUUGCGCUCCCUGACCCUGGUCUUCAGAAAAGUUCUUAGUUUUUGUUGUCGGAUCUUCUUCCUGUCUGGUGCCAUCUUCAGAAGCCUGGCAGUGACAUUUUGUCACUGCCCUUCCUUCCCCCUCAUUUCUGAUUUUGCGCAUGCACACUCCCUAUUGUACUGGGCAUGUGCAACACUCGAGGAAGGCGAGAUACAUUGCGAGAUUAGAGGAAAGACAUGAUGUGGAGCAAAUGAAGUUGCUUUAAGCUCCAACCUUUGUCACGAUUUGUCGAGCAUAUACCUGUACCUUUGGUCACACGGUUUUCGAAAACAGUCUCUAUGGUCUGCUUUUGUGCAGGGAAGACUAUAGAAAAUGUUGGUUUUCAAACACUGACCCAAGGUGUAUGUAUAUGGCUGAAGGAUGAGUUUUGCUAGUUUAUUACAUACACUUCAAACUUAAAAAAAAAAAAAAAUCUAUUUCCUUUCAAAACUUGAUCAAAAUAUUAUUAUAUUAAAAAACAGACUUGAGGUGACAGUUGUCCUUUAACCCAUUUCACUUAACACCCCCAGAAUCUAUAUUGUUUUUUUGCAUUUAUAAUCCUUAAGGCUUAAAGUGUCUUUACUCUUAUAUGAAAUAGUACUGGUCAACAUAUAUUUUUCCAAUUGUAGGCAUAACUGUCCCUUUAAGCAGUUCAGUGUGAGUCAGACCAAUCAUGAUUGCAGAGAUAUUUCACAAAGCAUUCCAGCUAUAUAAGUUGGCUUAUUGCUGUAUCAGGUGAAUCAAGUUCUCCAUAAUGAACUUGUGAAACCUGUAAAACUAGAUGAAAUGUAAAUGCCUCUGAUCACACCUGUAUUGUGCCAGUAAUUGACCUAUCACCAUUUACAUCACGUGUUGCGCAGCCAGUGUCACGAACCUUUUGUACCUUUCUAAUUUCAUGUUCUGGUCAGUACAGUGUUUGAAUUUGUGAGCACUUGUGCCAAAUAUGGACUUGAACUUAAUCAGUAACUAAAAAAAUAAAACCUGAACUCUGUGCUACAAUUAAUGAGAUUACUGCAUCACAGUGAUUAAGGAUUUUUUUUUUUUUUUUCAGAAAUAUCGAAAUGUUAGUGCUUUGGAACAAAGGUUUCAUUGUUAUCUAUAUGCUAAAUUAUGCUAGUUAUGUCUAAAAAACUAAAUAUAUAUAUCUCUCUCACUAUAAAAGUGAUGGCAAUACCCAGCUAUUAAGUUGGGUAAAUAAUAUCUUAAUGAGAGAUGGUAUGUGAACAUCAAAUAUUACACCAAAUUAGGGAUUUUUUUCCUGUUGGGCUUUUUUUGGCCUCCAAUUUGAAAUUCACUUUGAUUUCAUUCUGAAUUCCCGAUAAUUCACAUUUUUGUGAGUAAGCCUAAUGAAUUAAUUAGUCUUAUCUAGUAUUUCUUAAAAGUGCUGAACAGCAGCAUGUGGCAUUUGAUCUAUUUUGAGGUUUGAAAUCAUUUGAUCAUAGCCAGCAAUCUGAAAGAACCCAUAUUACUAAAGGAUGGCUGAGGUUCAUGAUCAUUCUAGCUUAAGAACAUUGAUGAAACCAAAGUUGUCGAUCACCAGUGUGCUGUUUGUUUAAUCCCUUAAGGACCAAACUUCUGAAAUAAAAGGGAAUCAUGACAUGUCAUACAUGUCAUGUGUCCUUAAGGGGUUAAGAUGCAUGUUAAUUGUGGAGCAGCCACUUCUAUAUAACAUAAGGGGCAAACAAAUGUUACCGUAAACCUUUUUUAGAGUGCUUUUUUAUUUUUAUAUUUUAUUUUUUUUCUUCUUCUUCAUGACUGUGCCGAUUAUGCAAUUGUGGAGAGAUUGGACAACUCCAAGUAGUAUUUUGAAAAUAUUUCCUAAUCCAUCCUAAUUGCAAAAUCUCCCAUACUCUGUCUGUGGUUUUUUUUUUAUUUUUUUUAGAAGUACACAGUGAUGCCGGAUAUGGAUAUGCUUUAUACAAACACAGAUGUCAUUUGUUGUUACUGAAUGCAAUGGAAUUUUAAUUGUGAAUACAAAACUCUCAAACCUAGAGUCUGAACUCUCUUUCUCAGUAUAGAAAUGCAAUGCUUUCAGGAAUUGUGUUGGUUUCAUAGUGGGACAGAAAGGUUUUGACGUAUCUCUAAAUUGCAUGGAAUAACUGGCACAAAAGCCUUUUAGAAGGAAAUGUUUCAGUUUAGUCUAAUUCAAGAGAUCUUUGCGUGUCAUAAAAGAAGGAAAAAAUGUUAUGAUAUUGGUUGCGUAAGGCACUGUCAUUUCUGGGGUCUUGGAAAUUUUGCUCUUUCUAAGGUGACAUGUUGUCUAGUAUAUUAGGGAGUUCUUUCUCAUUAGCACUGCAGUCUUUAUGCCACCAUGUUUCUUUAGCUCCUGUAGGUUUUAUCUGCUAGGAGUUAUCACAAUCUGGGUCUAUAUUAAAGAUAUAUAUAAUCAUGGAAAAUUCAUGUGUAAUGGAUGCUUACACCACCUUAUUGUGCAUUAUAUGGUAUCCUGCUUUUUCCUUUCAGCCAUUGCGCCCUAAGGUGGAGAGGGGAGGGGGGAGACAGUGUGGCAUAGGAGGAAUUUCCACUCAUUUCACUCAUAAAAACUGCCAAAGAUUGGAUCUUACAUGAAACAAUUUAGUCUCUGGGAAAUGUGUAAGAUCGACAAGAACCUUUUUAGGAGGAAACAACCCAGCUGGAAUUAUAAGUGACUUAGAGGCUAUUUUCAGCUCUGCUUAUUUGACCUAAAUGCCGGUUCCUGGCUUAGUGAAUAACUCAAUUUAUUGCUUUUGUAACAUUCUAGAGAUUGCAGAGAAUUACCUAUUUUUUUUUUCCAUUUUUUAUCAUUGUGUUUAAUAUGAAUUGUGCCUUAAAUACAGUAAUUUAAAAAAAAAAUAUAUAUUUUUAAAUACAUCUAUAUUUCUUUCAGAACUGCCUAAUGUCCCCUCUGAGCCGCCUGCAGACCACAUGGGACCAAAUGGCAGCCAGAGCUCUUCAAAGUGCCCUUUUCUGGCUGCACGUAUGAGCCAAGAGACCACCAGUGUUUUCCGGAAGGCCAGCCUUGCGUUACAAGAGGACGUGCAUGAGAUGCAAACAAUGAGGGAAGGUGUGUAAAUACGUUUCAAUAAAAUAUACCUAAAUAUGUUUGUAUCCAAUUGAGUUGAAAUCUGAUCAUGUAUAAUGUUUUUUUUUUUUUUUUUUUUACUUUUAUAUGGUACUCUACUAAGCUUAGUUGUGACAGUAGGUGAAAAUCUAAACCUUUCACGAAUAGCUGGUUUUUCCAACUGUAAGUCCAUACCUGCCUCAAGCUUUGGUUAUUAAACUGCAGUCUAAAUAUGCAAGCUAUUAAUGUAAAGUAAAAAAUGUAAGACUCCCAUUUCAAUAGUUUAAACUGUUAAGGACCAAUAAGUCUGUCGCUAUCAUAAUUAUUAUUAGAAAUUGCAUAUCGACAACAUAUUCUGCAGCACUUUACAAUUCCAAUUUGUGGUAAAUCGUGUAUUUUGGAGGUUUAAACUCUAAAGUCUGUAGCAACAUUUCAUUAUGCAUAGCAUUAAAAUAUUUAAAAUAUGAUAUAUACAUAUAUACAAAAACUGAAAUGAAACUUGCCUACUCACUGUAAACGGCAUGCAUGCCAAAAAAUUGGCAAAUGACCAACAUACAGGUGAGCAUGCUACCACUCACCAACUUAAAGGCCUUCUUCUUAAUGGCCUGUGAUUCAGCUUAUUGCUAUUGCAACCAAACGCAGAGCCGUGAUCGAUUUUAAACUUGUGAACAAAUAGGAAGAUCGUCUGUCAGUGCAUUAAUAUAAAUUGCAAAUUAUUAAUAUAUAUUAAUACAUGUGGCAUAUUAUUUAAAAAAUGUAGGCAUUUGAGCACAUCUCAACGAAUGCUGUAUCAGUAUUUGAUAUGUUUCAGAGUGAGUGCUUCCUCUGUCUAGGGACAUCACAAAGUAACAACUUCAUAGUAAUAAUCACAAGCACUGUAAGGAUACAGAUGGACAUAAAAAGCAACCUUGUAGCAAAUAAAUGAGAACACAUAUGCAGUGUGUGUAUAUACAGUGUAACAAUAUGUCACGGGAAAUAAGAAUAAUUCACUAAAAGCCUAGUUCUCUAAGCCUAUUUUAGCCAGCUCCAGGUUGCAAUAAAUUGAAAUUAGCAGGGUGCUGAGUGAUAUUCUGCAGCUCCGGUCUUCUGGACGAUGGGUCCACUACCCCCAGUGGUGAGUACAUGAAACAGCACGUUUCACCAGUAUGUUUCAAGGCUCCUUCCUAUAUGAUAAUGUUGAAUGGUUGCCUGGAAAAAACAAUUAUAUGAUUUUUAAAGGGUUUCAUGUAAUAUUUGAGAUAACAAAAAAUAAAAGCCCCCUAAGAUGAGUGGAACUCUUGCCAUAUUACAGCUAUAAGUGUGUAGUAAUACCUUUUUUAUUUUUUAUUUUAUUUUUUUAUUUAUUUUGUCAUGAGUCAAAUGCAGCCUGACGCCCCCUUUUAGGAUUCUAUUCUAAAAUGGAAUGCUCUACUAAUGCAGUCAUGAUAGGCCUGUACAGCGUACUGGUAACAGAACACAGAACAUUCUACCAAGGAUCAAAGAAUGGUGUCUAAAAAGAAUAACAUUGAUCCUUCUAGGAUGUAACGACUAGUAAACUUUCGCCAUCAGUUUUUAAGAAGUAAGUGAGGGAAGUUGGAAGCAGGAACGGUUUUUCAACAGAAAGCCGUAGGUGUAGAAACACUUUUCAUACGAGGAAGUUGUUCAAGUUGAGUAGUUAGGUAAAUGUUGCAUAAAAUGUUUCUGUUAAAUUGUAACCAUGCUAUCCUGUUCCUCUUUCCUACAUCUUUAUCAAGGGCGGUUCAACACUCCCCCACCCCACUGAUGUAGAGCUACAACUCCCAUAAUGCUCUGCCAGCCCAUAACACAAGCGUUUUGGCUUUGGAUUCGCCUAUACUAACCUGUUUUGAUGGGAGGGCACACUAGCUCUUUUUUUUUUUUUUACGACUCCCAUAUGAUUAGAUUUGUUUAAUUUUGUGACUAACAUUGAUGAAGUGUUUACUUUUUUCUAGAUCUAAGCAAAUCUACAAGAGCGUCUGGAGCAGCUGAAGAAAAGGCCCCAAACACAAUUGGAAUGUUGGAAAAAUUCCAAGAGCGAGUGCUUCGCCAGAAACCCCAAGCCGUCUCUCACCUUCUGCAGGAUAACAUGCCCAAAUGUAAAUAUUGUAUUCCUUUCAUAGCUCUUGAUACAAGAAAAACCUGCAAUUUACAAACAUUGUAAACAAAUGCACAAUUCCUUACAAUCGGAGCACAAAAUUGUUUGGUUUUAUGUUUUUUUGUUUUUGUUUUUUUAAAUCCAAAUGGCUCUGGAAAAUCUGGAGUUUAUUUCUAAUACAACUUUGUAAACACAUUACAAUCAGUUACUUAUUAAAAAAAAUAAAAAGUGUGACAUAACAUUUUUAUAUUAUAAGUGAUUAGCAUAUUUGUGGGGAAAAUAACAUUUUCCUAUUUAAAAGACAAAAUAAAAGUGACACUUAUUAAGAAGAAAUACUUCCUCCCAUAAUGCUGCCUUGUGGAAAAUGAGAAAUAAACAAUCAUCUCAUCUAUUUUUAUAAGUGUCCUUUUAUUAAAACUGUUAUCUGGUGAUAGUAAUUAUGGUUUAGCUUGUACAUCUACAAUUAAAUGUUCCCAACAAUCUUUGAUUCUCUGAUAAUUGGCCUCCAGGGUGUGAUGUCAAUUACUCAUCAGUUAAAUUUGAGAGCUCACUCCACAAUCGCCGGAUAGGAGAUCCUAUAUUCACAUAGGUCAUGGCUGCACUUAGUCACACGGCUGUAUUUAAAUAUCACCAUUAUGGACUCUCCAGUUGUAUAAGUGUGUGUGUGUGUGUGUGUGUAUAUCAUUAUUAUUAUUAUUAUUAUUAUUAUUAUUAUUAUUAUUAUUAUUAUAAUAUAAUUUUUAUUUAUCUUUUGUUUUAUUUCUGUUGGUGGGGGCUCUUUCCUAUUUAUUCUAACCUCCACAUCAAAAAUCCUCUGCUGGCUGUGUUUAUAGUUGCAAUUGAUCAUUCGUAUUCUCAGUCCAGAGCUCGUAGUUUUGUUUUUUGUCCUAGCGUUCACUAUUUUCAACAACCUGUUCUGCAUUAAGCUGGCAAUAAGAAAUACUGCUAUUUGAAAAAAAUUUGAUUGACAUUUUUUUUUACCUUUCAAGCUGUGCCCACUUUUAAGUAUGACACCUUCUUUGAAAAGAAGAUUGAAGAGAAGAAAAAUGACCACACCUACAGAGUGUUCAAAACUGUGAAUCGCAGAGCCCAGGUCUUUCCAAUGGCAGAUGAUUAUUCAAAUUCUUUGAUAACCAAAAAAUCAGUUUCCGUGUGGUGCAGCAAUGACUACCUGGGAAUGAGCCGCCAUCCCAAAGUUGUUGAAGCUGUGAUGUAAGUAAAUUUUGGUAUGAAAUAAGUCCUUUUAUGGCUCACUAAAUUCCAUUCCCUUGAAAUCCUAUUGAAAUGUAGCCAAUCACUAAUUCCUUACAUUCAGUCAUGGAGGAAGGAAUUAAUGCAUUUUAGUCACUUAACUAAAGGGAUAAUCCAACCGCAUUCUACCCUAGCAUACAUCUUGUAUAUGCACAGCAUUUUAUGAUGAAACCUGAGUUGGUCCAGCAUGAACUGAAUAGCCAAAAGUACCUACAUUCAAGGAAAUGUAAGCAAGACAAAAAUAACUAAAAAGGUCCAAUGGUGAAGUUUAUCUCCACUUCAGAACAAGAAUAAGUGUGGAAUGCCACUUACAUUAGGUGGAACUUCACUUCAACUCUAAGAUAAUGGAUUUGUGUGGAACAAUCCCUACCUAAGAAUACGUGAGAGAUCUUUUUGUAACAAAGUACAGGAACAAAUAUGUUGUAGUAUGUAAGGCAGGUGUUUAAUAACGUAAGUAUAAAGUUUAUCCACUCACAUGUAACAGAGCCCUAUAUGGCUCUAAUAAAUCAGCAUACCGUGGUGUCCCAACUGUCAGAUAUUUUAAUCAGGAGUAGUCAGCGAUGUUGUUCAAGAGCAAAACACAAAAUAUAGUGCUCUCUGUAGACAAAAUUAUGUAGUAGAAGAAAAGAAUGCUACUUACAUGUCAUUGAGCAAUCUAUAGGUAUUGCUCAAUCCUAAACACUUUAGUGGAUAGAAUGCUCACUAUGGAUAUAUCAGGAAAGAUUUUCACAGAUGAAAAGGCAUCCGGGAGCAAGGAUAAAAUGGGAACUUUUAUAACUAUUUAAAAACAAUAAAAAAAUGUUAAUGCUUUCACCUUAUAAAGGCUUUUUCAAAGUGUAGAAAGAGCUCCUAGAAGAAGCUUGCAUAUAUAGGUAAGUAGUAUUUUGAAUAUUGGAGGUGAAUCAGAGCCUGGGAAAUGAUUUAAUAAAUGCAGCUUCUGACAGAAGGGGUGUAAUUCUAAUUCUACUGUUAAGUACCCCUAAUGUCUGUAGGUUGUGCGGUUUCUUUUUUUUUUUUUAUUUUUUUUUUUAAUUCGUGUAAUUUAGGUAACUCUACCAUUUACUUUGUGUUACAGGAGCAUAGACUCUCAUCAUUAUUAGCCAAAGACAAAUAGUUAUGUAGGUGUUGUGUUGAACCUACUGGAAACCUGAGUGGGAGUAAACAGGGCAAGCAAUUCUGCAUUUACCCUUUACUGUCCUCAUUGCACAAUGCACAUUUCAACCAUAUUUCUCUUGCUUGGUUGACACUACAUAAGUAUCACCUGACAUAACUAUACCAUUUACAUUUUUAACCUAAAUCUAGUCCUUGCAGCUGCUGUGUGUAACUGUAUAUGUGAAUUAAUUCUACAAUGUCCGUUGUUUUCACACAGGGCUUUGCUUUCAUAAUCUAGGUUACAGCCUGUUCUCGCAAUAUCCUCUCAAAUUUCAGUCCUUUCAAAACACUUUUUUUUUUUUUUUUUCUUUCUUUCUAUUUUCUCUAAUGAACUAUGUAAUAAAAGCAAACUGGCAGAGUAUCUAAGAUGGUGUUAGCGGAGCUGGGUUUCACCAAUAGCAUAUUACACUUUGGAUCCUGGGUGUGGGUUUUUGGUUACCAUAACAAUCUUAAUAAUCCUAGGUACAAAAUUUACUUUAACCUUCAGUUUUGAAAUAUUAAAAUAGAGAGAGAGCAAUGCUUAUUAACUUGGGAAGGAUUGGUAUAAUUAACACUUUGAAUGUCGAAAUUGUAGGUGUAAUCAAAAUAUAACAGGAACUGAGAGGAUUUUUCAAAAUAUAUAUUAAUUUUUUUAAUUAAAUUAAUAAAGUGCUUUAACAGUUUAUUGGGCAGAGAGGAAAGAGAGAACAAUCUUUAUAUUGUAUUAAUUUUACAGUCAUGUGAAUAAGAGAUUUGCAACUUGUGACUUUUCUGUCUAUCUGUAAACACGAACUCCUAAUAUUCCUUUGCCAGAAUUACAAAACUGGGUUUCUUUUAUAUCAAGAGAGCAUUUAAUUGUAACUGGAAAGUAACAGAUCUAUUUCUCCAAUAGUAGCACUGUGUUGUGCUGCAGAAUACAUGUAUGCUGUAUAACAAAGGCAAUAAUUCCCUCACUUGUGUAUUGCUUAACAAAAGGUCAUAUUGCAGAGUAAACGCAUAGUUCAGUAUUUUCUAUUUACGUGUUACAAAUUUUUAUCUAAAAUGUUAUAUGUAAUCAUGUUCGAAUGAAAAUAGAUAUUUUUUUGUUUUUGUUUGUUUGUUUUGUGCAUGUAAAGUAUAAUUCAUUUUAUUUCAGGGAUACUCUAAAACUCCAUGGCGCUGGAGCUGGUGGAACAAGGAAUAUAUCGGGAACCAGUAAAUUUCAUGUUGAUCUGGAACACGAGUUGUCCGACCUUCAUGGGAAAGAUGCGGCAUUACUAUUCUCCUCCUGCUUUGUCGCAAAUGACUCUACACUUUUCACUCUAGCUAAAAUGUUGCCAGGUAAUGAGUUUCGAUUCACAUAACUAAACUAUAGGAUUUAAAAAAAUAAAUAAAAAUUAAUUGGUGUCCUGUAGAUGGAAUUACAAAAUACAGACAAGGGUGUUGAUUAAAUGCUCUUAGAAUAAGUAGCACAUAUGCUGCUAUUGGUUUGCUGCCGAGGUAUAGUUAAAUAAUUUCCUAUAUAUGCUAUCAAUGAGUCAUGUUUGCUGUAAGGUGCAUUUAAAAAAAAAAAAAAAAAAUAACUAAGGUGUGUGCCUUUAUUAAUUGUAAGGACAAUCUUAUUGUGUGUGGGUUUUUUUUUGUUUUGUUUUUUAUAUAUUUCCUCCUUCCUUUUUCCUCUCUGCCUUCAUUAUUUCUAAGUAUAGAGUUUACUGGUUUACAUAUUUGCAUUGUCCUCCACUCCCCAUUGAUUUGCUCAGUCUAAUCUUUCACAAUACCUCAUUAUUUUCUGUAUUCUUGUUUCCGUCUUGAUUUAUGGUGGACUUUCCCAUUUUUACGCAAAGUUUUGAAGGUCUUGUGUUUGUUUAGUCUACUCUUUUUUUUUGCCAACGGUUGACAUUAGCAGUAUUCAAUUAUCUAAUUGAUUUCCAAAAUGAUUGGUGCCUUUUUACUAGGAGGGUAUGUGUCUUUCAGUGGGCAAAGUAAACAAUGACUUUUUGGCAAGUAUCCCCUAUUGUGACAAUGAGUGGUGGAGCAAUGAAAAAUAAUAAAUUGCACAAAUCAAACAAACAAGAUCUUGUGUCCAUUCCCAUAUUAGCUUACUAAUUUCCCCCCAAAUGUGUUCUACCAAGAUCCUAGGAUAUCCAAGCACUGCAUCUGCCAUCUACAGAAAUGUUAUUUACUAUUAGUUACACCAAGACAGUGUUGUGUUUGUUUGGUUUUUUUUGUGUGUCAGGUGCUGUUUUAGAUACAUUUAUCAUUUAAAGGGUGGAUAUAGUGCAGUCUGCAAGAGCACAUCAAUGCUCUCAUGCAUAUGAAUGGAACUACUUAACACUCCUGGGUUAUGACAACAUGCCUUGCCUUUAUCUUUUGUGUCCAAAAUCGUCAACAUUUUGCUGAAAGCAGAAUUCACUUUUGUUUUAUUAAUAGGACCCAUUUUACUUUGUCUUUUGUAAGUUUAAUUGACUAACCCAGGGGGCUUAGUAUCUGACUUGUUAUAAUUUUCAGUAGAAUUAAUUGGAAUAAAAAAUCUAUUGUGUAGUUGUUGUGGGUUAUAGUACAAUCAGUCUUAACAGAUUAAAUGUUUAUAAUAAAAUUCUCAUCUGGUAGUGACAGAGCACUUGAACCCCACAGGAGAGGUCCUUAGACAUAUGUAAAUCCAAAGAGCAACUUGUUUUAUGAGAAGUGAACAUUUUGGCAAAGAAUAGAACUGUAAUCCUCUGCUAUCCUUCUCACACUCAUGGCUUAUUUUCCCAGACCUAUGUGCCCACUUAUGAAAUCUUCAAGUGGAACGUCCCUGAGACCCAUGGAGACACAUUGUACUUCCAGUGCUUUAGUCUUCAUGUUUGCUAGCUUAAAAAAAGAAUAAAAAAAACUGUAAAUGCAGCCUUGAUUUCUUCCUUUUGUUGAGUCUUGCUCUAAUACAGCCAAAACUCUACCACAAGGUUGGUGGUGUUACCCACUUCCCAGAGCAGUUUUGCAAAAAAAAAAAUAAUGUGGAGAAUUCACUUGCAUAAUAUCAAGUUAGAAUCGGUCCAAGCAUCGAUAAUAUUGUAAUAAUGUACUGAGAGCUUUGCGGGUGGUUUGCUAUCUUGGAUUUCAUUAUUGUAUUUUACUAAUUUUAGGAUGUGAAAUUUACUCUGAUGCUGGAAACCAUGCCUCAAUGAUUCAAGGAAUCCGUAACAGCAGAGUACCCAAAUAUGUGUUUCGCCACAAUGAUGUUGCCCAUCUUCGUGACAUCUUGAAGAACUCCAAUCCGUCUACUCCAAAGAUUGUGGCCUUUGAAACAGUCCAUUCCAUGGAUGGUAAGGUUUUAAGUUCUGUAGUAGAGUGUGUGUUGAUAUAUGAUCCCUUAUAAGUACAUUAAUGAAAAUGAUUACACUAGCCAGUCUGUCAUCAUUUAAAAUGUUCUUUGAAACAAAUAUUUCCACUUUGUUUGCACAGUUUUGAAUGUACUGUGGAUUAUAAUCCUCAGUUUAUGGGCAAAUUAAAUUGUUACAGGUGCUGUCUGUCCUCUGGAGGAAAUGUGUGAUGUGGCCCACGAAUACGGAGCAAUUACAUUUGUUGAUGAAGUUCAUGCUGUCGGUUUAUAUGGCGCCAAAGGAGGUGGAAUAGGAGACCGCGAUGGUGUAAUGAAAAAGAUGGAUAUCAUUUCAGGCACUCUUGGUAAGUCUUUUUGUUUUCUUGGUAAGAAUGUUUAGUUUUCUUUCUGUGUUGAAUUGUAUCCGCUACAUAGUAACCACCUUUGACUGCCUGCAGCUUAUUAAUUAAUUAAAUCUGAUGUCAAAGGAAACAUGUUCGGACAAUUUCUGAUACUGUAGUUUUUUUGUAUUUCUUCUAUCUUUGGAACAAGUAGUCCAAGGAAGUAUGUUUUGAAAUCGCUAUACAAUGUGAUUGCAUUCUUGUCACACAAUUUCAUAGCAUAACCAAAUUUUUUUUCUUUUUUUAUUUCUUCUCCCAGGUAAAGCAUUCGGUUGUGUUGGUGGGUAUGUGGCAAGCACCAGUGGUUUAAUAGACACUGUGCGAUCUUAUGCAGCAGGCUUUAUUUUCACCACAUCCUUACCCCCCAUGCUGCUUGCUGGAGCAAUGGCAUCAGUAAAAGUAUUGAAGAGCGAAGAAGGACAGGGUCUCCGUCGCCAGCACCAACGCAAUGUUAAACUGUUGAGACAGAUGCUGAUGGAUGCCGGCCUUCCAGUUGUACAUUGCCCAAGCCACAUUAUCCCAAUCAGAGUAAGUGUGUUACACUAUUUCUUUAAUACCUCUUAACAAAGACCUGUGCAUGUAAGUAUAUUGUGAUUGGGAAAAAUCAAAAGAAAAUGAAAUAAUUUAAAAGCUCAACCAACCUACGUGACCUCCACUCUGAAGGCCCCCUCUCCUUAUGCACAGGAAUAUAGGAGAGAAGCCACACGCUGCAUUUGGAACAAUGUUUAAUGUUUCAUAUAUAAGCACUGUGGAUUUUGGUAUUUAGCUCAAAUUAUUGAAGAAAUGUGAAAGAAGAAACGUGAAAGAAGCUAGAGAAAAAGUAAAUUGAUCCUGCAAAAGAUUGGUAAUACCUCCUACAAUAUCUAUUUUUGUUUGUGAUUGUUUUUGUGUUUCCCUGUUCCUUUUUUAUUUUUGUACUUUGUCGAGGUUUAAUGAAUUUAUUGGGGACUGAACCUGCAGUGUGAGGUUUAGAAAUAGGAUUAAUAUCCGUGGAGUUAAAUCCCACAUUGUUCACUUUAAGUACGGGUGGCACUGUUCUGCUAAGAUUACAAGAACAGUGCUUUUUUUGUUUUUUGUUUUGGUUUUUUCUUCUCACAUAUCUUUGAGCUUUGGGACACUUUUAAAGAGACACCUUAGUUACUUAGACCAGUUCAGUUCAUUGGGCAUAGAUUUGUAUUGCUAACACUGCAGAUAUUCCUUUAAAGGAACACAAUGUUCUCCUAUGAAUUUGGUUUAAAGCCAUUCUCAAAUUUAAAACAUAGAGGUGGAAGGACUUACCACCGCCACCAUCCCUACCCCGCUUCCUGCAAUAUCAUAGCAGCUCUUCUUUUGUCCAGUCCAGUGCUCUUUAUAGAGGAAUUUUGGGGCCGAAAGGUGCAUGCACGACCAUCACUGUUCUCCUCAUUGAAAUUAAGUUAGCUGUACGAGCAGAGUUUGACUUUCUUUUUACAACACUUUGUGUCUGUCAGAAAGACAGCCACUAGUGGCAUGUUUUAACCUUGCAAGGUAAGCAUUGCCAGAUCUUCUGUAUGGAAAUGCUUCGCAUUGCAGGGUUUAUUAAAAUGAAGUGGUCUGGGUGCCUUUACUUGUCCUUUAAUGCUUAAAUAAUGCUUCUAUUUGAGUAUAUUCAUCUUAAACUAUUAACAAAUUGUUGUGGUUCUUGUUUAAGAUUUUAUCUGUCAAAACUAUUUCUAGACAGGAAUGCGUUUUGUUGCUAGAUGUUUAUGUUCCUUCCCAAUCCCACCCCUUUUUAUAGUUUUUUAUUUAUUUUAUUUUUAUUUUUUUAUUAUAAAAGAAAUGAAACCCCUCUCUCUUGUGACUUGUAUUUCAAGUUCAAAUAAUACCUGGUGACAUGAAAUUAUUUUCUAAUUUUACCUUUUUAUAGUUUUUUUUUUUUUUGAGUUUGUCAACAGGGACCUCAAGAAGGCUCCUCUGUAAGUCUUGAAUCAAAAAGAAGCCUGAUUCCCAGAGCUGUAGCUAGCAAUGACUGGGGAAAACAAAACUUUAUUGGGGAAGCCCACCUUCUGUCAAGUUUUGUCAACCUCCGGGAUCUACUGUAAGGCAAAGUAGUCCCUAGAAAAUAUGUAUGAUGGUAUUGGAGUUUCAAUUUAUGUUUCAACACAGUCAGUGCUGAGUGUUUUUAUAAAGAUUGUCUUUAUCAAAUACUAAAAAUGUUCUCUUAUGGAUGCAACUAUGAACCACAGUCCUGUGUGUAGCAUUUCAUAAUUCCCUGCAUCAGGUUGGAUUUGAUUUAAAUCACUAAUCCUUAAGACUUGUUUUGAAUCAUGAUUUUUUAUAUAUUUAUUGUUGAGAAAUUCACUUCAGUUUGCACAGAAACAAAAGGACGUACAAAUAAUUCAUAUUACAUGGUCACAAGCAAUUAUAAUGUUUUUGAGCAACAAGGAUACUUAUGGUUCAGAGCAGAGCACACUCCUCAAAAUGCCGUCAUCACAUAGCAUAACAUAUACAAAUAUUUAUGGUGCCCACUUAACUAUUGCAUAGAACAAAGAGGAAAAUAAAAUGGCAACUGUGAAAGAGGUGGAGGGUGCAGAAAGGGUGAGGGAUAGGUAGUUCUCUGUAGACAAGCACAUCUUGGCCAUGGGUAUCAAAUAUAGAAUGUUAGAGAAGGGUAACUAAAACAAUAACAUUAUAUAGCUUACAUAUUCUUGUAUUUGUUUAAACAGCAAUGUUUGUUAACUGAAGUGGUUAAACCAAAUCUCUUUAAACACGUUAACUAUCCUGGUUUCCUGUCUUACCUGGGUCCCUAACUGGCGCAGAGUCUUCUCUGAUGCUGAUCCAUCAGCCAUUCUUGGGCUGAGAGCAGCAGCUGAGCACUUUCAGUCACUGGAUGACCUUCUGUACAAAGAAUAUUCAAAGAAUUGACAUUAGCUAGCCUAACACUCUCUUGUUCCGGGUUGCUAAUGGCAUGCUAAUAACCCUUCCGUGUGUGAAGUUACACCUCUGCACAUACGGAGAUAUAUUAUAUUGCUGUCAGAGUUUCGUAUUGACAAGCUGCACAUACAGACUGAGCACCAUGACCACUUCAAAGAAUUGAAGUGGUAAUUUUGCUGGAGUAACUUUUAAACCCCCUUAAGGAAACAUGACAGAAAUUUCCAUAAUGCUGGUCUUUUGCUUAUGAAAACAGUGUGUCCUCAAGGGGCUAAGAUAAGGUGUAUAAAGGUUUGUUGUGAAAAAGUGUGUAUGUGUUACCUCUGCAGAGACAAGUCCUAUUAACUUGGAUUAAUAGAAUCCAAUUGGGAAGCUGCCCACAGUAGAGACCAGGAUGUAAAUGACAAAGUACAAUGUUGCCUUCAUCUGCCUGGUAAUUUCACUAGCACAAAUGAUAGAUUAAAAGUUUGUAAACGUUUUCCAUAAGUAUUGGGAAAAAUGACUGCUUCUGAUAUAUAUUUAAUGUUGCUUUAAAUCAUUGUUUUCUAUAAUGCCUAAAGCCAGCAUGUCUGGGGUAGAGCAAGACUAUUAAAAUUUCUCUAUAGUUGUGGCAUUUUAGAAUAAGUAUAUGCAUUUGUCCUCCAGGUUGCAGAUGCUGCCAAAAACACAGAGAUAUGUGAUAAACUGAUGAACACUUAUGAUAUAUACGUCCAAGCCAUUAACUAUCCUACUGUACCACGUGGAGAAGAGCUUCUUCGGAUUGCUCCUACACCUCACCACACGCCUCAGAUGAUGAGCUAUUUCUUGGGUACGUUCUCUCAUACCAAUAAAUUUAUAUUUCAUCCCAUACUACCUUAGGGGCUUAUUUAUUAGUCUGGAAACUAUGGAGAGUUGACAAGAGAACUGGAAAAUGUUAGGCCAGAAUAACAGAAUUGGAUAGUUUAAAAAAAUGUUCCUAUAAUUUGCAAUUUCUUUCUCCGUCCAUUUGAAUUCCUUGUUUAGUUAAUAACACAAAUGUUUAAUUGCCACCCCCCGGGAUAAAUAGAAGUGGUCAUUUGUGUUUUAUGAGCAACGAUGGAAUGUCUAUCAACUGUAUCUUCAGCCAUGAGAACCACAUGUUAAACCACAGUGGUUUUUGAAGUCUUUCAGGAUUAUUCACCAAAGUGAGAAUUGUCAGUAACUUAAAGUGAAUUUCAAACUUUAAGGUCAAAAGAGUUUCGGUACAGCUGCUUUUGGCCUUAAGUUUGAAAUUCACUUUGAAUUCCAUAACAUUUCUCACUUUAGUAAAUAAACCCUUCUUAACUUUUUACUUUAAUGCCUUAUUAGCUGAUCAAAGUUUAGCCUCAAGCUGUCCUGCUCCCGUAUAUAUUGUGCUGGCAUUUUAAUUUUGUAUCAUACAUUUUGUUCUUCUUACAGAAAAACUACUGAUCACCUGGAAGGAAGUUGGCUUGGAUCUAAAACCCCACUCCACAGCAGAAUGUAACUUUUGCAGACAACCGCUUCACUUCGAGGUGAUGAGCGAACGCGAGAAAUCUUAUUUCUCCGGUUUAAGUAAAGUGGUGUCUGCCCGUGCCUGACAUCAAUCACAUGUCUUCUAGUGGGAGGAAAAAAAGUUAUAUUCACACAUUUAUAUAGUAUAUGGGCAGAUGUACUACUUUAUGUUACUAAAUAUGUUAUGUCAACAAAUCACUACAGAUAUUUUCAUUCUGGGUAUUGUAGUAGAGUAUGGUCUAUUAAUAAAGUCUCUUGUAUUGAUCUCCGGUUUCCAGUUACUCUUUCCAGUAAAAUUUUAAAUUUUUGUGACUUGAAAGAUGGUAUGUGGGAGAGAAAAAAAAAAUCUAGUUGCCCCACUCAAAUCAAUGUUUGGGGUAUCUUUAAAAAAAAAAAAAAAAAUUCUAUAUUUUUUUAUUUUUUAUUAUGAUAUUCAUGUAUCGGAGUAUAUCUAUUUACACUAGUCUGUUCGGUAGGAACAAGUCGUGUUUUAAAUGAUCAUUUAGGACCUUAGGAAAUGUAAUAAUGGUCUUUUGAUAUGGUAAUAUUUUCCAGUCCAUUUGAGAGUGUGACAUUAUUAUUUAAAAAAUUUUUUUUUAGUCACUACCAUAAAAUAAAAGUCUUAUUGUAGAUAGAUGGACAGUUGAGUAUAUUUCUUUGGCCCAGAGGUUGCUGGAUCGCACACAUUAUCAGAAACUACCCUUAAUGUUGUCAUAAUUUAGUAUGUAAAAAUUUAAUUGCACAUUAUUUUUAAUGGAAACUUUGAGCAUAUCCAGUCAUACAGGAAGCAAUAUUAACAGAGGUCAAAUUAUUGGUGAAGAAACCAACAUCUUACCCCUAUCAGAGGUGAAUAUAUUGCAGAUAUAAAUUACCUUUUCUAACAGUGACGAAGGAUUUCACACCUGAGAAGUUAUCUAUAGCAUAGACUGCGUAAACUUUUUGGUAGCAUGCCUCCCCCCGACCUUUCAUUAAGAGUUACCUGCAGCCCAUGUCUAGGACAAAUUCUCCCUGCAGCACAAUCCCCCUCACUGGAGGGGGAGGGAAGUUCCAGAGCAUGGCUAACAAAGGCUGUGAAUUAAUGAUUAUUUUAACAGUUUGGUACCUCCUUAUAUUGGCUUUUUCUCGGUUUGCCUGCAAGAAGCAGGUGACUUUGCUUUCUACAGGAGUGGAAUUUGGUUUUUGCUAAAUCUGCAAAUCCUAUAUUUUAUAUAGGAUUCACUUUUGGGAAUUAAUGAGUUUAAAGAACACUAUAACAUUAGGAAUACAAACCUGUAUUCCUAACUUUUUAGUGUUCCUGUCCCUAGAUCUACUACCCCCCUCUAUUCCCCCACCACCACCAUUCAGUAGUGAAAAGGUUAAAAACCAUUUAUGCUUAACUUGUUCCCAAUGCCACCACUCCCUUGGUGCUGAUCACCUCUCCCUCAGUUGCCUUGAUGAAGGAGGCAGGGCAUCCUCUGGUGGGGUCCAAACCAAUGCUCCUCAUAGAGGUACAUUGGGGAUCUAAUGUGCAUGUGCGGCAAUCGUUGCAUGCGCAUUAAAACAUUCCCAUGAAUCAAUGUUUUCUGUGUGGAUUCCAUGUCACAUGACCAAGCUUUUUUCAGUCUGUGGCAUGGUAGUGGCUGUCACACUGACAGCCAUUAGAGAGAGAAGUUAACUCCUCAAUGUAAGCCAUGCAGUUUUACAUUGCAGGGUUAAGGGAACAGGGGCAGGUUGAUUUUAAUUUAAAAAUUAAAGCCAUGUUGGCCUUAAGCAAGCAUGAGAAUUACAAAUCCAGUUAUUGCAACUUUGGUUCUUUUGACCACUUAUUCUUCUAAUCCAGGUUGAAAUCAAUCUUUUUAAAGCAAAGUGAAUUGCCUCACUAAUGGAAUUUGAAGUUGGAAAGUAAUACCGAAAAAGAAAGAAUAGGAAAUGCACAUUAUGUCUAUACACUAAACAGCGAAUUGUGGUGAAUAGAAAACUGAAUUACAAAAUAUAAGUUUAAAUUGGCCAAGGUAUAACUAGAACCAAAUUGGAAUGUUUUCUAAAAUCUGCUAUUUUUGCUUACAUUUUGCCAACUUUGUUUAAUUCACUAAAAUAUGCUGUUUAGUGCAUAAAUCCCAUCAGGUUUUACUAAACCUCCUCGAGGAUUGUCAAAUGUUCACACGCAACUUUCUGUAGGAACAAGUGAAAUUGGAGAGGAUUAUUCAGUAAUACUGACAUGAAUCACUUUUUAUUUAUUUUUUAUCGCUAAUUCUGAUCUUUGACACACCCUGUUUCCACAGAACCAUAUAUUCUGCAUAAAUGUUUAAUAUAGUGAUCAUGACAUCAACUAAACAGAAUUUUGAGACGCAUGGCAUUAUUAUUUCAAUGGAAAAUUAAAUCUAAGGACACCGAAAUAAGUUCUCUGCUCAUACUCGGACUUCUCUUGGGUGACAGCAAUGACUGUAUUAUUCUACAAUCCAAAUUUAAAAAACAAACAAGCCCAUGCAAGUUAGGUGCAUCAUUGCAGUACAGAGUACCGUAUUGUGUCAAAGAGUUUAAGGGACACUCCCUGACACACUCGUGCUUGCUGGAAUGCUUUGUGUAAAGAGUGUUUUCUUUCUUUCAUUUUACAAAGAGUGCAGAUUUGAGAAAUUAGCACUUUUCUAAAUUAACCUUGUUACAUCACCCCAGCCUCCACCCGACUUUCAAGCAGACAACCGGCCUUGUUACUUCCUGGUUUAUUUAGCUCAGUGGUGCUGAACUAUAAAAGGAGACAAUUGCUCAGAACAUCUGCCUUGCAAAGACUUCUCAUUGAGCUGCAUUGUGAAGUCUGUGAUUGUACAGCCACAGAAAGUCUGGGCUGGGGAAGAAGAGGAAGGCAUGCAAAGGCUGCAGGCAAUAGAACUGCAGCUUUUGCAAGUUUUUUUUUUUUAUUUAUACCCCCAAUUGAAAAUGCAUGCAUUUUGAAAUUUUAAGUAGUUCUAAUAAAUCUUGAUUUAUUUUUUAUUUGGCCAGUGAAGUGUCCCUUUAAGGUGAGUUUAGGGAGUACCCGCCUUUCAAAUUAUACUGAUAACUAAUAUUGCUCUCAAGCAGGCUUAACAGCAACAUUUGCAUGUUCCUCAAACAUUUACCAUACUUGCAGUUUCAAUCAAUACAAUCCUGAAACAAUGGGCUAGGAUGUUCCAAUUUAUGGAAAGUAUCAGAAACCCUGUAGAGCUUAACCUCAGCAGACCAGUUAUGUUUGGACUACAAUUCCCAGAAGUCUUUGGAAGUCAAAACGCUUCGAUAAAUACUCAAACAAUUGUUUAUUUAAAGGGAUAAUAUAGACACUGUAACUGCUUAAUCUUAUUGAGCGUGGUCAUCGUGUCUAGAGUCCCCUAGCGCUGUCCCAACAUUGAGAAUUAAAGAUAUACACCAAAUAGCUAAAGUACUUUAGUUUGCUGUGAAGUACUUUGUGUAAAGAGUGUGACCUCUUCAUUUUGGAAGAAGUGCAGAUAAUUGGCACUUCUAUUAAUUAUUACACCCCCAGGCUGUCCGACAACUGGUCCUGUUACUUUGUGGAGCUACUCCUCAGGCUGUCAAUUAGACAACUGAUCCUGUUACUUCAGUGGAGCUAAAUUAAAAAUGCAGGCAAUUGCGCAGAGCACCUGCCUUGCAAAGACAUCUCACUGAGCCACAUUGGCAAGUGUUUCCAUUAGGGAUAUGUCUACUAAAUAGGGCUGUUUUUUUGGUGCAGUUUAGUGUAAUUCUAAAUGAAACACUCCCAAAUUUGAUGUGCAUCUUUUUUUUUUUUUUGGGUGGUUUUUUUUUUUUUGCAUCCUUUGCAAACCUUCCCUUUACUCCCCAGCAAAAACUCAAUUCAGAGGCUUCUCUGAAAAGAGGGGAAGGCAGACGUGCACUUGCACAUUGUGACUGCCACUUCCACUGGCUUUGUGGAGGAAGAGGAAGAAAAUAUCCUUGGUUAUCUGAGCUACAGCCAAGGAGUUGUUUCUGCCCCCAAAUUUACAAGUGCUGCUUUAUAUUUAAAUCCGCACUUUCAUAAACUGUCCAGAAAAUGACAGACUCCAUACCAGGCUUGAGGAGAGGCUGAGUGGGAGAACAUCUGACUCCCAACAGCCUCAGGCAGCCCACUGGACCCCAGGGAAACAGGGCCUGUGCAAGGAUUUCUGCCUCCCUAGGCAAAGAUCCAUUUUGCCGCCCCUUCAUGUCACUCACUCACUCACUCACUCACUCACUGACACACACAUAGAAACUCACUGACAGACAGACAGACAUACACUCACUCACUGACAGACAGACAGACAUACACUCACUCACUGACAUAGAUACAUUCACUGACAGACAUUUACUGACAGACUCACUCACUCACUGACAGAUGGACACACACAGACACUCACUGACAAACACUCACCUCCCUGGGGUCCAGUGUGGAGCAGCUCCUCACUCUUCCAGCGCGCUGUUUAGUAUGCUGGGGGCUGGAAUGACAUCAUAUUCCGGUCUUCCGUUAUCACAGAGUGUUAGUGAGGGAGGAGUGAGAGGUUGCAAGAAGAGCCUCCCUCGCCGCCUGCCUGCUCCAUCUCCUCUCCUCCGGUCACCGGCAUUUGAUGGCAGAGCAGGCACCUGUCAUCAAGGUAAGAAGGUGCCUGCUCUGCCAUACUGUGACAGGGCUCCUCUGGGCCUGGAGGAGCGGCCCAAGACAGGGGGAGCCGACCAGGAAAUAUCCCAGUGGGCGCCCCCAGCAGGCCGGCACCCUAGGCGAAUGCCUAGUUCGCCUAACGGUGGUGCCGGCCCUGCAGAGAAGCCACUAUCCUGUACCCUAAAGAGGGGAAACAGGAGGGUGGCUAAAAAAAAUUAUAUUUUGUUUGCGUGUCUGUGUAUUUGCAUGUGUGUCUGUAUGUGUCUUUACCUGUAUGAGUGUCAUUCUGUUUGUGUAAAUGAAUGUGUGUCUGUCACUGUGUUCCCCUGUGUGGCUUUGUAUCUGUGUAUCUGUAUGUGUGUCUAUCUGUGUUUGUGUAUCUGUGUGUGUCAAUGUGUGCACCUGUGUAUGUCUUUGUGUGUCUGUGUAUCUGUAUGUUUAUAGCUGUGUGUGUGUGUGUAACGAUAUACGCCAAACAAAAACAUGCUUGCAUUCAAACACACAAACACUGCUUAGUGUUAAAUACAACCCUGCAAGGAUGGGCAAAUGGUAGAUACCCUGCUGGUGUUGUAUGACAGAUGGUGAUCUACAUUUUGGCCAUGUGUAGUUCCACCCCUGUGUGGAGUGUUUCUUUAAAACAGUUUUAAUGCUAAGAAAGAGUCCUCAGCAGCCUAUCUUGUAUGUGCUGCAUGGACUAAUAGGGAAGUGUUAGCCUGAGCAGCAAUGGUUGGCUGUAAUUGGCAAGAGUGUCAGAUGAUCACUUUCAGCCAUUACAGCACCCAUUGCUGGUAUGAAUGAUAGGGCUAGAAGAAUAGUAAUCUCUGCCUUAGCCACUAGGGGCUGGGCUGUGAGCAGCGAGGGAUCCUCAUACAAUGUUACGCUACUUGAAACCGUUUAACGUUGACGUGAAUGACACCAGGCACUAUAAUCAAUUCAAUGAGAUUAGUUCUAGUUCUUCAGCGUCCCUUUACAAUACAUAUAUGCAUAGAUGAGAACUAUACUUUACAAAAAACAGCCAAGCUUAGCCAUUACUGUUAUAAUGCCCUGUAUCAUCAGAUAUGAGAUAAAAUAAAUGUGGGUUACAGGUUUACCGAUGACUGAGCAUAUUAUGUACACAACUGCAUUUUAUGCUUAUCUCUCAGGAGAAAAUGAGAUGAUUGUUAACAAUAAUAUCAUCUGUGUACUUGAGAAUUAUUUUCCGCAACAAGUUAACAAAAUACAACUGUGGAAGUAAAUGUGUCACUAAAUCAUAAGAACCGCUAGCUGGCCAUUGCAGGAAUAACGUAAAUUAGUGCUGAAUAUUUUAUAUACACACACACACUGAUGAGCCAUAGCAUUAAAACUACCUGCCUAAAAUCAUGUAGGUACCCCUCGUGCUGCCAAACCGGCUCGGACAGCGUCAAGGCACAAGAACUCUUAACGUGUCCUGUGGUAUCUGGCACCAAUUAUUAGUAGCAGAUCCUUUAACUCCUGUAAGUUGUGAGGUAGGGAUCGGAUCUGUUCCGGCACAUCCCACAUAUGCAGGGCCGGCCCAGGGCUUUGUGCUGCCUCAGUCAAAGAAUGAAAUGUUGCCCCCAUCCAACAAAACCACACCAACCAAAACACACCCAUGUCCAUUAUGUUAUGCAGUGUGUGUAUAUUGUGUGUAUAAUGGAUGCACAGUGUUUGUGUGUAUAGUAGAUGCAAUGUGUGUGUGAAUAUAGUGGAUGCAGUGUUUGUAUAGUAGAUCCGAUGUAGUGUGUGUGUGUGUGUUAAUAUAGUGGAUGGAAUGUGUGUGUAGAUACAAUAUGUGUAUAUAGUGGAUGCAGUGACUGUGUUAAUGAAGUGCAUGCAGCAGGCCAGGACUGGCCAUCGGGCAUACCGGGCAAAUGCCCGGUGGGCUGCGAUGGCCAUAGACUGAGGCCGACUGGGGAGAUCAGUGUAUCUCCCCUGCCAGCUCUGCUGCGUGCUUCAUGGGCUGCUGGGGAGACAAACUAUCUCCCCACCGGCCCACAGGCACUGAGAUGUGACUGGGAAGGGAGGGAGAGAGUGACCCUGGGGAGCACUAUCCUGCAGCUCCGCCGGGUUCCUCUCGUGAAGUCGGAGAGUUGCAGCGGUUACUAUGGCAAUGCUCCAAUCGCGUGAGAGUGAACUCUACCCCAGGAACUGCAGGGUAGAUUUUCCACCUGAUCACCAGGGCUGGCAACAAGGUCCCCCCUCCCACACAAAGAUAAGAAGGGAAGGGGAACAUAAACUAAAUAUAUUUUUAAAGAGGAAUCCCUGACCAAACAAGAUAAUAAUGAGAUAUUAUGUCUAAAACUUCACUUUUAUUGUUAUGUUGUUAAAAAAAGAGGGGGAGGGAGGAAAAGUAUAUCAAUAAUUAGUAUAAAUCAUGGACACAAUAGGUAUGUUGAAACUACUUACAAUUUUUGCAGUGUGGCAAGGUGCAUUAUCCUGCUGAAAGACCCCUGCCAUCAGGAAACAUCACUGCCAUGACGGGGUGUACGUGGACUGCAACAAUCUCUAGGUAGGUGGUACAUGUCAAAGUAACAUCCACAGGACCAGGUUCCCUUGACAGGUGACAUUGUCACCAAAUAAUCAAUGUUAUUUACUUCACCUACUAGGGGUUUUAAUGUUUUGGCUGAUCAGUUUACAUGCAUAGUAGGGAACUAAUGUAUGUAUGUAAGAGAUGUAAUUCUGAACAUCUCAGAAGAGAAUGUUAAGAGCAGAAAAACACAUAACCCAUGGGGCCCCAGUACGAAACUGAUCCAUGGGCCCCUCCCCUCCCUCUCCCCCCCCCUCUCUAACUCUCCCCCCUAACAGACACACACACACACACACAGACACAUACAUACAAAGACAUACAUACAUACAUAAAAACAGACACACAAAGACACAUACAAACAGACAGGCACACAUACAUACAGACAGACACAUACAUAAAUAAAAACAGACAGGCACACAUAUAUACACACAAACACAAAGACACACAGACAGAUACACACACACACACACGCAAGACAUACAUACAAAGACACAUACAAAGAGACAGGCACACACAUACAGACAGACAGAUAGACACAUACAUACAAACAAACACACACACACACACACACAAUGUUUCCUACCUUUUAGGUGCAGGAGGGUGACUUUCCUGGGAUCCAGUGGUGGCUCAGGCUGGUGGGAGUCAGAGUUUCCACUCUGACUCCUUGUUCUUCCUCCCGCGCGGGCUCUGUGUGUUAGUUGGGAGGAGUGACGUGCAGUCACUUCCUCCCAGCAGUGAUGAUCUCAUCACAGGGGCCCCGGUCGCGCUGUUAAAGCGCCGCAGUGCUGACCUGACAAUCCAUCUCCAUCGUCACCAGGUGCCUGCCAUAAUCAUUUGCGGCCCCAGCCCACGCGGCAAACCGCCGGGGCCACUGUCCAAGGAGUCCAUCGGGUGGCCCAUGCAGUUAGGGGUCUGCAGGGCAGCCGGGCCCCCUGGACUGACAGGCCUGGUCGCAGCUGCGACCCCUGCGACCGCGAUAUGUACAGCAGUGCACCAGACCCCUAAAGCACUUUAUGAAAUGCUUUAUGUGUGAAGAGUAUGUCCUUUUUUUCAUUUUACAAUAAGUGCAGAUUUCAAGAGAAAUGCACACUUUUAUAAAUUACACUUUGUAUAUCCCUUGGCUGUCAACAGGUCAUGUUAUUUCCUGGUUCCUUAGCUCACUGGAGCCAAACUCAAGAGAAUUGGAGAGCCACAGCCAAUUAAGGCUCUGUUAGAAGGGGAGGGGUUGCAUAUUCUUCAGAGACGAGAACUGCAUCUUUUGCAAGCUGUUUUUAGAUAUACCCCAAAUGGGAAAAAUGCAGCAAUAAAUUCAAGUCUGUAUUUAUUGGGGGUAUUUUUAUUGAUUAUAUGGAGGGGUGGGGGGGGGAGUUUCUAAGGUGCCAGCAAGCUACUAGCAUCAUUGCCUGUUUCUGUAUCAAACCAUUUUAAGCGUCACUCAGGUGCUCACAGCCCAGCCUUUCCCUCACUGUAUUGCUAACAUGGAAGCUACACUCGCUGUAGCAAAGUAAAUUAUAUCAAAGUAUGGACGGCAGUGAUUGAUAGAAAAAUGUCAGUUAAUCUAGUCAGCCAGUCGAUGCAGUUUAAGUUUUAAUGUAAUUGACACACUAUUGUGGAAUUAAUAGGCAUGUGGUGAACCCUCACUCUAAUGGUUAUGGUGCUUAGUGUACCUUUAAAGAAACACUACAGUAUAGAGUUAGGAAUACAAAUCUAUGUCCCUAACUCUAUAGUGCUCUGGUGACAGUUUAGGUGACCAGCCCCCACCUGCAGUUUUACUUGGCUAGUACAUCAGAAACACCUCUAGUGGCUGUCUCAGUGAAAGCCACUAGAGGCAUUAAAACCCCGGAAUGGAAACAUUGCUUGCAGCUGCAGGGUUAAAAGGAGGUGGAUUUUGCACCAAGACUGCUUAACUGAGAUUAAGUGGCCUGGGUGCCUAUAGUGUUUACCAAGACUGCUGCUGACAGAUAUUACUAUUAUCAUCAUUAGAAGAAAAAACUGUUUUCCGCUACCAUCUAUGGCAGGCAUAGGCAACCUUAGGCACUGCAGAUGUUUUGGACUACACCUCCCAUGAUUCUUUGCCAGCAUUAUGUGUGUUAGAGCAUUAUGGGGGAUGUAGUCCACGGCACCUGGAAUGCCAAAGGUGGUCUAUCCCUGAAUGGUGUUAAAAUGUUAUCCUAUAGUGGAAGAUUUUAUGAUUAAAGUGUUUCUGUUUUGAAGGAGAGGAUUUUUGUGGAAGGUGCACAGGGAUUUUCUGGAAUGUAUGAGGGAUGCUUCACCUUGAUAAGAAUUUAUUCUAGUACACUUAAACUCACAGAUACCUUUCCAUACCAGUCAGGCCCAGUAACUCUAAGCAUUUGAGUGCUUCGAUAGCAGGGGAUUGACGUAUUCCGUUUACUUGGCUGUGUUGUUAGAAGUGACUGGGUUUUAAAUGCCUCUUCAAGAGGUGGCUUCUACAUCAUGUUUUGUUUGAGUGAUGUGGAGAGAGAUGUAGAAGAGAAAGAAUUAAAGUGAGAAGCAGUGUUUUUAAUUGCACUGGGCCAAAGUGAUUCUGCAAUGAUGACUCAAACCACCUUUCAAUAUUGCAGGAAAUAUAAAUGGGAUUGAGAGUUAGUGGAAAUAAAAUCACUAUAUGUUUAUUACAAACUUCAAUAAGAAAAUUUGGCAUACAGUUAACUUGGCUCCUACGCUCAAAAGACUGCAGAGAUCAACGCAUUUCUUGCAGUGAGCACUUUAUCACGAAAUGUGUAAAACUCUGUGGUCUUUUGACAGUAGUAGCCUAUUUAAUGCCAGGAGAGGUACUCUUUUUUUUUUGCUUUUUAUGCUUGCUUUAUUUAUUAUAUUAAGCUUAGUGGUCCACAAGCUGGUUGGCGAGUGAUGCUCAAAGUAGCGGGACAGUAAAUAGCUUGAGAGAGAUCCCCUGUGGGAUCGAAACAUUGCAUUUGUUCCAAUAAACCUGCAGUUCAACUGAUCCUUGAAUGGCUAGACCACAAUUUUGGAACUACGGAAGGGGUAGCCAACCCCAGGUCUGGCUGCACCAGUUUUGUAAUAAGUGUGCGGUAUUCCUCUUUUCUGUUUAUAUACUAAGUAGCGGGACAGUCCAUAACAUUUCAAACAGAGAAAGGGGGAAAGUUUCCUUUUAGGGGCAGGUCUAUGCUGAGAAAUUUUAGGUGACUUACUAAUAAUAAUUUAUGCAACCAAAAUGCAGUUUAGAACAAGAAUUGAUUAACCUCUUAUUUACGUAGACUACGGUAAUUUCUUAACACAUUUAUUGUAGUUUCAAGACAGAUAGAGGUUAGUAUAAUUGCUUUGGAGCUCUGUGUGCUAUUUGCACCUAAUGCUGAUCUGCUUGUGUGCACUUUUCGGGAACACCAGAGGGCUAACAUCUGAACACAGUAUAGGAGGACCCUUACAUUGACAUGGUCUCGCCAACCUGUCCUGCAAACGCAGCAUUUUCAAGACCAGAAGAUUCACAUUCCCAGCUCUCUGUGUUUGAAUUAGUGUUAGUGAAACGGAGUGCGCAUGCACAUAUUAUAGCGUAUUAUAAGUGAGAGAGCGUGGAAGAUUUAUUCACUAAACAGUGGCAUACAGCUGAGACUAUAAUUAAACUGCAGAAUUUGCUGCAUAAUCAGCUAUUUUUUGUAAAAAAAUUUUUAAUAAAUAUUACAGUCUAUGGAGUUAUUCAGAAGCAUGAAUUAUAGGUAAUAAGCCACAAUAACCAAACUGAGGGGAGAAAAUAAUCUGCACAUGUACCGGUACGUUUCCAUUUUGGCUAUCUUAGCCUAAUAUGUUGUAUUUACUAACGAAUUACAGAUCACUUCGAUUCACAAUUCAGUGAAUUCUUAGGAGUGUAUUAUUUAAACAGCGAACAUUGGUAAAUUUUGGGCUAAAAUAGGCAAGCUGUGACUACAACAGAGUUAGAAAAAAAAUUUAAGCAACAUUUGAACAUAAUUUGUGGGGUAUUAUUUAAAUGCAUGCUUAUUAUUGCAUAUAUAAAUAAUACCAUGGUCAUAUUAUUUUAGCUCAUGAUGUCAGCAGAGACACAACUGUUCUACCAAUUCCAUUUUUUCUAGGGACUAAACAAACCCCUUUGCCCAUCUCAGACAUGGCUUCUUAAGAAACGUGUUCAGUGCGCGACUGUGGUUCUUGCCCAAUUCAAAGAUGUCCUCCGAGGACGUUCCAUUACAGUGCAGACUAUAGGGGAAGCUGUUAGUACGACUCAUCAGACACGCCCAAGAGGCGGAGCGGAUCCUUGCAGUCGCCACCCCUUCCCUUCUGCAGUACACUUGGUACCAACCUCGGAGGCCAGGGACAUAAUGGCCAGCCAGGAGGACCCCGUGCAGAGGGAGAUUCACCAGGACUGGGCCAACAGGGAGUACAUCGAGGUCAUCACUAGCAGCAUCAAAAAAAUCGCCGAUUUCCUCAACUCCUUCGGUGAGGAUGGAGUCAAAUCGAUGUGGGAGGGGCUAAAUCUGCUGUAAGGAGGAUGUGGGGCCUGUAGGGUGUGUAGCCCUUUUAAAGAGGGUGCUAGGAGGGGCAGCAGGGUGUUUAGGGAGGGCAUUGUAAUCUCCUUUAACGUUUCAUAAUGAUUUUUGCUAAAAUAUAAAAUAUUUCUUAUAAUACAGGUUUGGGGAGAAUUAACAGGAACAAUCAGGACAGUAUGAACACAUUGGGGGGGGGAUGUCAUUUUAGAUUUCUUAAAAAACCAAAACAUUCAUAUGUAUGUUUAGUAUACACACAGGUUUUCCAAAAUUGCUCAUGUUUAAUUUGAUAUUGAAAAUUACGUGUCUGCCAAUUUAGGGAUAAAUGGUUAAAUUCAGGAUAAAUUGCCACAGCAGGACUGUAGUUGAAUUGCUACAAUUCGGUGUUUAGUAAAUAAACACCAAAGUGUUAAAGGAUCACUAUAGUAUAGUACCCUGAGGGUGCUCCCACCCUCAGAGUCCCCCUCCCGUGGUGCUGAAGGGGUUAAAACCUUCUUCCACCGCGGGGCUCCCUUACCAUUCCUCCCCCGCUGAUUCAGCUCCCCCGUCCCCCGCCAGUGCCGCGCGCGCAUUCAAAGUGUCCAUAGGAAAGCAUUUUUCAAUGCUUUCUAUGGACGUUCUGCGUGAUGAGCAUUAAAUGCCUCCAGCGUCGUAGAUGCGCAGCCACUAGAGGCUAGCUUAAUCCCAAAUGUAAACAUAGCAGUUUCUUUGAAACUGCUAUGUUUACAUCAGGCAGGGUUAACCCUAGAGGGACCUGGCACCCAGACCACUUCAUUGAUCUGAAGUGGUCUGGGUGACCAGUGUCUAUUUAAAAGUGUAGCAAGCGCCAUGAAACAUGAUGAGAUGUCUUGAUAAAUUAGUCCACUAUUAGAUCUUUAUAAAAAAAAUUAUUCAAUAUUAAAUCCUAUUUAGAGAGUCAUAUUGAUUACAACAAUAGUGAAGCAAGCCUGGAGUUAGACGCCCCUCUGGUAUUUUUCUUGAAUUCCGCAUUAAACUUUUUUUUAUGUUUUAGUGCUAAACUGGAGUACUUACUGCCCAUUCCAUCUAUGCUGCUUAAAGGACCACUGUAGUGCCAGGAACACAACUCGUUUUCCUGGCACUAUAGUGUUAAUAGGUCCCCCCACACUCAUGGCACCCCUCCCACCGGGCUUAAGAGGGGUUAAGAGGUUAAUCACUUGCCUUUCUCCAGCGCCGGGCUCCCUCGACGCUGUGGACUCUCCUCCCUCUUCCGACAUCAUCCACUGAAAGCGCAUGUGCGGCAAGAGCCGCCCUUGCAUUCAAUCAGUCCAUAGGAAAGUAUUUCUCAAUGCUUUCCCAUGGACGUCAACGUCUUCUCACUGUGAAAAAUCAGUGGGAAGCGCCUCUAGCGGCUGUCAGUGAGACAGCCACUACAGGCUGUAUUAACCCUAAUGUAAACAUAGCAGCUGCAGGGUUAACCCUGGAUGGACCUGGCAUCCAGACCACUUCAUUGAGCUGAAGUGGUCUGGGUGCCUAUAGUGGUCCUUUAAGCUAAUGAGGAAGCAAUAGGUGAUUGUCAUUGACGACACACGGCGCAUGCUAAGCAAUUGUCACCAUCUGCCAGUCUGAUGCGUUUCUAUGAGAGGAUCUGAAUCCAAUGCUUCUCAUAUAGAUACACUGAUAACAUCUGGCGUCAGUAUAUCUGCAACAGACAUAAAAUAGAUUCAGUAAUCAAAUCUAGGUUCGUUUAAAGCCCCUUGCAACUGUCUGUCAGUCACAAAAGGGCGUGGAAACUGCAAAAUAUAAACACUGAAUGCAUGGGCAGCAUCUACAGAGUGGGUGCCCAACCUUUUUACUUGCCUGGGCCACAUUGAGCGAAGAUAAAUUGUCUUGGGCCUCACAUAAAAAAAAAAUAUAAUAAAACUUUAAAGGUCCUUUUCUUAAAUUUUGAUAUUUCAUUUGUUUAGUAGAUAACUCCAUUAUUUGUUAUCCUUAUGUGGUAUUGCCAUAUUUUAAGGAUAUCAAAUUAGGGAACCACCUACUAAACACAUAUACACAUAACCACAGAUAUAAAUGCACAUAUAAUCACAGACCUUUGCACAUACAGACACAUAAUCACAGACAAACACAAUUACAGACCCGUGCAUGUGAAAGGUAGUGCGCAUGUGCAAAUUACAGUCACAGAUCUAUACACAUAAUCGCAGACCCACACACACACAUUAAAUCAGAGACCUAUACACGCAAUUUUAUUUAUUUAUAUAUAUAUAUAUAUAUAUAUAUAUAUACUCACACAAUCGCAUACACACAAAAAAUCACAUUUAUACACACACAUUUAGUAAUUAAGAGGUCCACCCAGCAUCCCUAUCUUGCUUUGAGAUGGCUGGAGUGGAUCAUUUUCCUAGUGGCCAGUGGCUGCUGUGAUGUGAUCACUGUGCUCUUCCUGCACAGGACCCUCAAAUACAGCACGUUACCCAAGGGAUCCAAAACAAGUAUGCAUGUCUUUGUGACAGUAUGGGCAAUAAACUGCUUUUGGAUUACAUUUAACAUACUUCACAGCAUGUGAUUGUCAUAGAAUUAUGGGUAAUGUAGUCAAAUGACUGCUCGAGGAGCAAGGUUUGAGACCUAUUAUAUUGUAGAUUAUGAGAAAGGGUGGUUUAUCUAUCCAUUGUUACCAUAUCUUUAGAGCUGCUAGCAAGUUGGCAAAUCUAAUACAUUUGCACAUUUUUCCAACAAUUUUUUUUUCCUUACGUGCAUGCAACUUGGUUUAAAAAAAUAAAAAUAGAAAAGAUAUUUUUAUAUUUAUUGUAUCUUACAUGUCUGAAUUGGUAGCUAUGGUAACAACAGAGUGCCAUUAUUAUCAGUGACAUUCAAUUCUCUGAGUUGAAGGAAAACCAAACUUUUUGCAAAAUAUCAGCAUUAUUAGUCUACUCCAGAGAAAAGCGGCUUCAAAUGUAAAUAAAAAUUGAAAGAUUAUAGUAAAAUUCUAGAAAAUUUCAAAUAGUGCUAUAAAGGACCACUAAAGUCACCCAGACCAAUUAAUCUCAAUGCAGUGGUCCUUUAGUUUAAACGCUGCAAUGUAAACCAGUGCCGUUUAGUAGAUACGGCAAUGUUUACAUUGCAAGAGCAUUGGAUUGGAGAAAAAAGCAGAGAUUGGAUUGGACAAAAGAGAAGAGUCGCUGAAGGAGGACCGAAUGGCCGCAGGGAUUGGAUCUCGGCGCGGGGAAAAAAAGGUCCACUACAAAGCUCUGUAGUGGUUAAGGUGCUUGGAGUGAUCCUUUUAAAAGGAUCAGGAAUUUUUUUUUUUUUUGCAAAGGACAAAGAGGAGUAUCUUUUUUUAAAAAUGUUAUUUGUAUUUUAAGCUUAUUUUUAUAAGUUAAAGGACCACUCUAGGCACCCAGACCACUUCAGCUUAAUGAAGUGGUCUGGGUGCCAGGUCCCUCUAGGAUUAACCCUUUUUAUUUUAUUUUUUUAAUUUUUUUAUAAACAGCAGUUUCAGAUAAACUGCUAUGUUUAUAAUAGGGUUAAUCCAGCCUCUAAAGCCUCUAGUGGCUGUCUCAUUGACAGCCGCUAGAGGCGCUUGCGUGCUUCUCACUGUGAAAAUCACAGUGAGAAGACGCCAGCGUCCAUAGGAAAGCAUUAUGAAUGCUUUCCUAUGAGAGAGGCUGAAUGCGCGCGCAGCUCCUGCCGCGCAUGCGCAUUCAGCCGAAGAGGCGGAGAGGAGGAGGAGAGCUCCCCGCCCGGCGCUGGAAAAAAAGGUAAGAUUUAACCCUUUCCUCGCCAUCCAGCCCGGUGGGAGUGGGACCCUGAGGGUGGGGGCACCCUCAGGGCACUAUAGUGCCAGGAAAACGAGUAUGUUUACCUGGCACUAUAGUGGUCCUUUAAACAUGGAUGAGUAAUUUAAGUGUAUGAAGUGUAUUAUUAAAUGUUGUCCGUUUAUGGAUAUGUUUUAUAUGUUCAGUUUUGUACUGUUUUAUUUUAAGCCACUGUUUUUCUGUUGUUUUUAAGGGUUAUGUAUUUUUCUGCUUCUAGAAUUUUUUUAAAAACUUGUUUAAAAAAAUGGCUCAGCAAAACUAAAACGUUAAACCUAUACUACACUUCUUUUAAGAUAUGUCCUGUCGUUCACGCUUGGCAACCUUAAAUGAAAAGCUGACAGCGUUGGAAAGACGAAUUGAGUACAUAGAAGCAAGGGUAUGUUAUAUAUGUAUUCAUUAUUACUUUGCCAAACAAUACAAUCAUUCUUAAUGAAUAUUGUCCCUUUUCAAGUGGUAGUUACUUCAUAUUACAUAUUAACACAACUGAGCAGUUAUUUAGUGGCAUGGUAUCACAAGAACAAAACAGAUCUUUACAUUUUUCUUUUGUGUUGUUUUUAUUUUCCCUUUUGUGUCCUAAACUAUUGCUGAUUUGGGUAAACGACAAAUCAUGGUUGAGUGGAACAGACCUUGAUAAUCCUUUUUUAGCACUUUUAACAAAACCUGCCUGUACCUUUUAAUGUUUGCUUCCCUUUGUGUGUUAAGACAGUCCGCCAUACUUGUGUUCUGUUACUAUCAUUUCAUUUGGUGUGGCAUAGGAUUGUCAGAUCAGACGUGCUGUCCUGAGCACAAAUAACAUCUUUAGGAUUUGUAAAAAUGUGUUGCCCAAGGCAAACCGAUUAAGCAAGGAGCAAUUCCCUGCCACAAUUUCUCCACUCAGUCAAAUAGCUUCCUGCACCCAACAGCUUAUAAAUGUCUACCAGCACUAUCAAAUUCACCAACCCCUCUGCAAGCUCACAAACAAAUUUAUCUUCAUACACACAUUAUACACUAAACACACAUAACAACUGCAUAAGCAGUUGCAUCAACGCAUUUGUAAGAAAUGUCCACCUUUACACUAGAUUAGUAUAUGUUAGGAAUGGCAUUAACAGUGCUAUGAUUAAGUAUCAUAACAGUGGUUAUUGUGCUUAGAGGACCUUUUGAACAUCUUCUUGAUCCAUGGAUUGGGCCCCAAAAAUGAGUCCCCAUUGGUAGGUAAAGACACAUUGUAUUCCUAUAAUAUAUUUACCCUAAGGACCAUAGUAAGUCUACCGUUAUGCGACUUUCCUUGCCCCUGUGCAGUACCCAUUUGAUAUUGGGGAAAAGACUAAUACAAAACGUAUUUUACCAAAGUGUCACUUAGCUAAUUCUACAAGUAAACCAAGCUAAUGUAGCAGUUUGGUUCCCUGACAAAAGAGCUUAAAGGAGACUGUAAAGUUAGAAGUGCAAACAUGUAUAUUUAAUGUUAAGAGUUUUCUCUUGCAUGUUUCAAAGUAGGGUUCCCUGGUAACCAUAACAUUUCAACAACAAAAAACGUUCCUUACCUUCAGCCCCAUAUCUCACUGGUCUCCAUUAUUGAUGAUCUAAGCCAAUCCAAAGCUUCCCCAUAGAGAAGCAUUUGGGGCGAACUGUAUAUGUAACUAUUGCCACAUUGCAACAGUCACCAUGUACUCACCAUCUGCUGCAUUAUCCAAUUCGCUGGACCAUAAUCGGAAGCACCCCUAGUGGGUGUCUAAGUGCCACCAUGCCAUUAGAGGUGUCUUUAGGAACAAAUGUAAACAACCUUUUAUCAGAAAGAGAAUGCAGUGUUUACAAAUGAAAGACUGCAGCGAGAGCAAUAAUUGCAUCAAAUAUAUUACGUUAAGCUGAAGUGUUUAGGGACCACUGUACUACACAGGCAAAGAAGGGCUUACACAGCACAGUUUCCUUUUAAAAAUAUGUGUUAAUAUAUUUGCAUGUCACUGUCUUGUCUUUGCUACACAGUCAUCAAGUAAUAGUUGCAUGUUUUCAUCAUUGUUGGCUUUUUCCUUUUUUUUUUUUUUUUUACUUGCUACUGUUCUGUGUUUUACCACACACGUUGCAAUUUCGACUUUAAGAAAAUUACAUUUGUGUUUCUCAAUACUUCUAUGGUUAACAGAACCAUAUUUUUCUGGGUUUUUUCUACACCUGAGUAGUCCAAUUUGUAGCAAAUGCAAAGCUUUAAAGGAACUCUAUAGUCACUAACCAACUGCAGCUUAAUGAAGCAGUUUCAGAUCCGGCCUCUGAAGUUUUACUGCCAUUUAGGAGUUAAACCACUUAUGUUUUUGUUUAUGCAGCUCUAGCCAAACCUCCCCUGGCUGUGACUGACACAGACUGCAUGAAAACAAAAUGGAUUUGUUUUUUGAACUGUAAUUACAUACAGGAGGCUCCUGAAGGAUCUAGCAGGCUAUUAACAGAGCAGAAAAUGAGAAACAAAACAUAUAUCUUGCAAUAAAGGAACUGUAAACAUUAGAUGACUUUAUAGGAGGUGUUUAGGAAGGCUGUGUAAGUCACAUGCACUGAGGUGUCAUUCCAUCAGUGACAUCUUCCAACUCAUCCCCUAUCGGGGAUCUUUGCAAAUUCUGCAAAGUCCUCAGACUGUGACAGUGUCGCUUUAAUGACCAGGUCAUCUGUAACUAAUGGGCGUUCAAGCCUCCUAGGUAGCUUUCCAUUAAUACACCUGAAAGAUGCUAGUUAAUUUACAGAACAGACUAGAGCAGGGGUUCUCAACGUUAGUCCUCAGGACCCCCUACCAGUCCAGGGUUUAGGGAUUACCUGAGAAUGCUUUGUUAGACAAGCAGGUUUAAUAACUUUGAAUAUAUCUUAGAGAGUUCACAGUCAUUUGUGGGUUGGGGCUGAUACUCCUAUUCUGUCUACUCAUGAUCCAUCCACUCACAUAAAGAGCUGAGCUGCAUUGGUGCUUCUAAAUAUGCAUCUAUUAUUACUACAAAUGCUCUCACAAAAUAUGUUCGUGUUUGUGCUUUCCACUCUGUGACCCACAGGGCCAAGGUCUUUUAAUGUUGAAUAUAGUUUGCUUUUUGUAUAAAGAAGGCUGCUUCUGUUAUUUGGGAAAAUUGUUUUUAUUUGCUCUCUGUAGCUGGCACAAAGAAUUGUACAGUGGAUCUGUUCUCUAAAAAUAAAAGUGUUAUGAUAGCAUUUCUUUAUUUUCAAAAUGUUUUAGCAGUUUGCAAGCUUUAUUUUUAUUGUUCCAAUUGUAAAGUUAUUUCAGUAGGGCUUUUUAGAAACCUAUCAUUUUUGUGCAUCAUAAUUUUGCUUCUAAAGGAACACUCCAAGCUGCAUGCUGAAGUAUUUAAGGGUUAAAUUGACUAUGCCUAUAAGCUUAGGUUCUAAAAGUGUGCCAUAUAAUAAGACCAAAAGUUUAUUUAUUUUUUAUUUUCCUUAACACAAUCAUGUUCUCUACCUGUGCAUGUUAAAGGAAUUGUUGGUGUUUCAUAGAGCUGCCCUGCAAAUCUCACAUUCUUUCCUUUUUGUUUUUGUUUUGUUUUUAUGCUUCCCCUCUGGAAUGGUGACUUGCAGAAUAAUUGCUGUGCUGCAUGAAUACAAAUCUGCAUGCUACUUUGUUCUCCCCCCAGAAAAAAAUAUACUUUAAAUACUUUGUCAUUUACAAUUAUUGUGACCAUAGGUUUUAUCCAUUAAAGUUUGUUGGACGGUAACUCGGUUAUCCGGUCUUACUUUUUUAUUUAUUAAACUGUUUUGGGGGCUUGUAUUCAUUCUCGGGAUGAGAAUAUCAUUUCCUCUUUAUAAAUCACUAGUUAGACCACAUCUUGAAUAUGCUGUGUCAUUUUGGGCACCUGUUCUAAAGAAGGAUAUUAUGGCACUUGAAAAAGUGCAGAGGCAGCCUACAAAAUUAAUAAAAGAAAUGGAACAUAUCAGCUAGGAAGAAAACUUAACAAAUUUAAACCUCUUUAGUUUAGAAAAACGUCGUCUCAGAGGGGAUAUGAUAACAUUAUACAUAUAUAUAUGAGGCCAAUACAAACCAUUGUAUGGAAAUCUAUUCACAAACCGGACUUUACAUAGGACAAGAAGUCAUGCGUUUAGAAUGGAAUAAAGAAGAUUUCGUCUAAGGCAAAAAAAAAAGGUGUUUUUUUAUUUUUAUUUUUUUUUUUAACUGUAAGAACAAUAAGGAUGUGGAAUUAAUCGACUGAAGAAGUGGUUUAAUCAGAGUCCAUACAGAUAUUCAAACAGCAACUAGAUGCAUAUUUGCAAAAGCAGAAUAUUCAAGGAUAUAAUUUUUCAAUGUAGGGUAAUAGCUUCUUGAUCCAAGGAUUAAAGGACCACUAUAGUGCCAGGAAAACAUACUCGUAUUCCUGGCACUAUAGUGCCCUGAGGGUGCCCCCACCCUCAGGGACCCCCUCCCGCUGGGCUCUGGGGAGAGGAAGGGGUUAAACACUUACCUUUCUCCAGCGCCAGGCAGGGAGCUGUACUCCUCCUCUCCUCCUUGCUCGCGACGUCAUCGGCUGAAUGCGCAUGCGCGGCAGGAGCCGCGCGCGCAUUCAGCUGGUCGCAUAGGAAAGCAUUUACAAUGCUUUCCUAUGGACGCUUGCCUUUAUUUUUUUCCUAGUGUGUUGCAAAAUUGGAAGUGCUACAACAUAGGAGCAUACUAUAUAAAAGAUCAAUACACUUUAUUUAAUGAAAUAAAACAGAACGCAAGAAAAUUGGUUUUGAAUAGAGGUAAUCACAAUACCUAUUAAAGAAAGUUAUCUUCAAAACAAUUGUGAUACAGAUGUGCUUAAAUACAAAUCUAAAAUAUAUAAACAGCAGCUCUAAAAACACUUGUGUAGGAAUACCCUCUUUACCACACAAGAAAAAAUAUAUUAUAAUUUAAGACUUAUAACAACAGCAGAGUGUUUAAAACCGUAUCAAUUAUCUUGGUGGAUAUUUCACCAAGAUACCAUGUAAAAAAUAAACAAAAAAAAUAUAGAUUGUUGUUUUUUUUUUUUUUUUUAUGGUAAGUGUAAAUCAUUAUUAAACACUCACAUUUGUUAGAGCCUAAAUAUAUGGCUCAAUAUAUUACGCAGUCGUGCUCUUUUGGAAGAACCACACAUUGGUAAUAGUGUGCAAUAUGAAAUGAAAUAGAAGGGAGAACAAAAUAGUGCAAUAUGUAGAAAUAACAGUGCAUGUAUAUUGUUAAGCUCACCUGAUUCAGAGCCCCAUAUAUACUCUGAUGUUAAAAUAUAUAGUGUCAAUUUUUGGGGUGACACUUUCCCAAAUAGCUGCCUGCAAUCAAUUAUGGACUACAGGAGUACUAAACAAAUGUUUAUUCAUUAAACAUUAAGUAAAACAAUAAACUGAUCUAGAGUAGUAUUGCACUAACAAAGGUUCAGUCUGUAAUCUUGCCAAAAUGCGUUUUGCUACGAUGGCUUCUUCAGUCAGCAUAGUGACCCGUUAAGUUCCACCAUUUUGUCUAGAUAGCCAAGUGUAGGAAAAAUACAUAAGACAAAGUAGUCCCUACUUUGUCUUGUGUUUUAAAGAGAAAAAGAUCAGAAACUAGGAAAGAAGAACAAAUUCUGAAAGAGGAAGAAGAAAAAAUAGGAGAAAGGAACGUUUGAGGUGACAGAGCCACUUUAAGAGGAGAACCGAAACAAUUUCUUCUUUUCAAAUUAUUUUUAUUAAAGGAACACUAUAGUCACCUAAAUUACUUUAGCUAAAUAAAGCAGUUUUAGUGUAUAGAUAAUUCCCCUGCAAUUUCACUGCUCAAUUCACUGUCAUUUAGAAGUUAAAUCACUUUGUUUAUGUUUGUGCAGCCCUAGCCACACCUCCCCUGGCUAUGAUUGACAGAGCCUGCAUGAAAAAAAAAAACUGGUUUCACUUUUAAACAGAUGUAAUUUACCUUAAAUAAUUGUAUCUCAAUCUCUAAAUUGAACUUUAAUCACAUACAGGAGGCUCUUGCAGGGUCUAGCAAGCUAUUAACAUAGCAGGGGAUAAGAAAAUCUUAAUUAAACAGAACUUGCAAUAAAGAAAGCCUAAAUAGGGCUCUCUUUACAGGAAGUGUUUAUGGAAGGCUGUGCAAGUCACAUGCAGGGAGGUGUGACUAGGGUUCAUAAACAAAGGGAUUUAACUCCUAAAUGGCAGAGGAUUGAGCAGUGAAGCUGCAGGGGCAUGUUCUAUACACCAAAACUGCUUCAUUAAGCUAAAGUUGUUCAGGUGACUAUAGUGUCCCUUUUAAACAUUUUUCAAAACAAUUUUUAAUUUUCUUUUGUUUGCUUUCUAUAUGCUAAAUUCCACAUGCUAAGGACAGAGCUUAUACCAAUGACUUAUGGUAAGCUAAGACUGAGGCAUUCAGUUGCAAAGUGAAGAGGUGUAGACUUGUACAUUAUAUUCCUUUUUAACUUUUCAAACAUCACACAUACAUUAUGGGAAUAUGUGUAUGCAGUAAUAAGCAUUCUGAGAAGUUACAGUCUUGAGGACUACUUUACAUGAUUGUACAAUUUAAAUUUCUGUUUAUUUAGCUUGUGCGUCAUACCAGCUCUAUAUCUUUAAAUACAUAGAGAAUUUGCAGUGAACCAUUCUGAUUACUACAGCUGUAUACGUAACACUGCUUAUUGCCCUCAUGUACAAUUCCAAAUAAAGUCAAAACCACAAGUCUUUAUAAAUGGUAUUGUAAAUAGAGUUUCACAUUUAUGGGGACAGGCUUUAGGUGCUUGCUGUACAUUGGUACUGGUAUGUAUGUGAUUCAUCUGUUAGAAGGAUUUUAAUCAUGAACCUAAUAUGGCUUAUAUGGUUCGGCACCAAUAACUUCAAUUUGAAGUAUUUACUAGAUUAGAAUUGUUUAAAACUUAGCCGAUUUACAUAUGGUCACUUUGCUUAUUAGAAUGAAUUACUGAGGACACCACAUUAAUGUAAGGCCACAUUUAAAGGAACAAUAUAGUGUUAGGAAUACAAACAUGGUGAUCUCAGGCAAUCAAUGUUUUCUCAUAGGAAAACAUUGCGAGACUAGUGUGCAUGGGUGGCCCAACGCUGUGCUCUGCUAAACAGAUGGUCUCUAUGAGACUGUCUAAUUGAAAUAGCUGAGUUUUACUCUAGUUCGCUGCAGAGUGACUGCCACUAGUGGGACUUUAACCCUGCAAUGUAAACAAUGCCAUUCAGGUAGAAUGGCUAGGUUUUCAGUUCUAGGGUUAAAAUGACAGAAACAUGGCACCUAAACCACUUCAUUAAUGGUGCCUAUAGUGUCUUUUCAAGGAAAUCACAAAUCAGUAACAAUGAGGCUUAGCAUAGAUUAUUUUACAAUUAUUAUUAUAUACAUUUUUAAAAAAGUUAUUUUCAUUAUAUCUUUUUGAAAAGCCCCCAGUGAUCCAUGUUUUAUCGAUAAGUAGGCUGGAACAGAACUAGAGAUCUAUAUUUUUAAUGCUGGUCCCUUGAUCUAGACUAGCGCAGUGGUUUGAGAAUCAGUGUACUGUACACAUCUAGCAUACAGCUCUUAAACUUUACAAAUUAUUGUAAAUGGAGAAAAUAUUGCAUUCAUUGCUGUCUGAUUCAUGUAAGUAGAGCGCACUCAUCUUGUGUUCUAGUGAUUCCUGUGCUAGAUUUUAUAUCCAGAGCUUACAAAUAUAUUUGCCUAUAAUAAUAAAAAUACAUUCAUAAACAACCAUGAAGUCGGCAUGCUUAUAAAGGUAAAAGCUUAUAUGAUUUCUGUCUGUCUCCCUUUUAAAGCCCCAAAUUGGCGUGCAGUGCAUUGCACACAUCUUUGAAAUACAAAUGGAUGAUAUAUUUUAUCUAUAACCUUGAUUUCCUCUUCUGUUUAGUACAGUAAGUUUAAAAAAAAAAAAAAGGCUAAAUCCUUACUUCUCAGAUUUCCUUUGGUCACGGAGCAUAUGAAAUGUAGGAACACCCUUGUUAAUCAUAGUCAGUGCAUGUGCAUGCAUCAUGCUUCUUUUUAAUAACAAAACUGUUCGUCCUGUUCCUGAUUUGCUUGAUAAAGCCAGGAGCCUGGCCUAAAACAACUCCUAAUGUUUGUCCUAGAAAAUGUAGCCACCGUAACAGUUUUUCCCUAUGUUUACAUUUGUUACAUUACCAUGGGGACCAAGUAUUUUGUUUUGUUUAAAUGUACUGUAAUGUAUAAAUUUGUCUGAUAAACAUUACGUUGUACUGCAAAAUCAUCUUGGUGGUGGUGUUCUUUGUGCGCUUUUAUGUUUCAAAAUAUAACUCCUAUAAUUUUUGUUUGUUUGAUUGCAGGUCACCAAAGGUGAAACCCUGACAUAACACAAUCCACGAUUCUGCAACAAUCACAACCUUACUUUGAAAUAUUUUCUAUAUAUAUAUACUGUAUAAAUAUAUAAAAACAAUAAGUUACAGACUUUUUUUUCCCCUUGAUUUGUCCCUACUAAAGCCUAAAAAAAAGAACCAUUACAAUCACACAUUUUUGACUUGCUGUAUUUACGAUGGCAUAUUAUUAUGUUUUACAAUUUAGUUUUUUUCAUUUCUAAAUUCUGUAUGUUUUAUGGGAGGUGUUUUUUUUUUUUUUUCAUGUUUGAAUUGAAAUUUAUUGUAUAAAUACAUGGAUCGAAGUACAUCUUGUUCUGUUGUGCAAUAUAUUGUGCGGCUGUUGAGUUAAUUCAAGUGAGAUAAUGGACUAGUAAAUGUGCCAAUUAAUAUUGUUUCUUAGUACUUUUUCUUUGUGUACGUUUUUUCAAUCUCUCAAUUGUGUUGAAAAUAAAAAUACUUUCUGAUCUUUGGCUUCUUUUUUCUGUACUUUUCUAAAUUCACGUAAAGCGCUUGUUAUACAUUUU